AAUUAUUAAUAUAAAAAUAAAUAUUUUUUUUUUUUCUUUAUAAAGUAAUAAUAAUAACAAUUAUAACUGUAAUAAUAAAAAGAAAAAAUAUAAAAAAUAUAUUAUAAUGUAUUUUAAAAAAUUUAAUUUAAAAUCAGUAUUGUUAAUAUUGGUUUUAAUAAGUUUAAUUAUUAUACCAAUUUUAUCAGUUGAUUCAAGUAAAUUCAAAACUUGCCAAGAAUCACAUUUUUGUAAGAGACAAAGACAAACACAUGAAGGUGAAAUCAAUCCAAUGAAAUCAUUUCAAACCUUUAAUGUCAUUAGAGAUACUGUCAAAUUAAAUCAAAAUGAUAAAACAAUAACUUUUGACCUUCAAGAAAAGACAGCUAAAGACAAUGUAUUAACUAUGAAGCUCGAACUUUACGAAAAUGGAAUUGUUCGUAUGAGAGCACAAGAGAAAUCACCAUUAGCAAACAAGAAGCGUUAUCAUGUCAAUGACGUUUUAUUAGAUAGCAUCAAAACACAAUCAAUCAAAUGGAAGGAAGAACCAAAAUCAUCCUCAAAUCACUUUUCUUUUAUUCAUGGUGAAAAACAAUGCUGUUAUGUUCAAGUACAAUUAGAACCAUUCAAGUUAGAUGUUUACAUUAUGGGUGAAUUAGCAAUUACAACAAAUAAAGAUGGUCUUUUCCACUUUGAACCAAUCCAAGAGAAACCAACUAUUGCAGGUCCAGAGAAUAAAGAAGGCAACACUGAAGAAAAUAACAAUAAUAAUAACAACAAUAACAACGUAGCACACGAAGGUUAUUGGGAAGAAAGAUUCCAAUCUCAUCAAGAUUCUAAACCAAAUGGUCCAAUGUCAAUUGGUAUGGAUUUCACUUUUGUAGGUUCAUCUCAUGUUUAUGGUAUCCCAGAACACAGUACCCGUCUCUCAUUAAAAUCAACUACUGGUAAUGGUAUUAAAGAAAACCCAUAUCGUCUUUACAAUUUAGAUGUUUUUGAAUAUGAAAUCGAUAAAACUAUGGCCCUCUAUGGUUCAGUUCCAUUAAUGAUUUCCCACGACACCAAAAAGACUACCGCUAUUUUCUGGUUAAAUGCUGCUGAAACUUUUGUUGAUAUCGAAGAUGUUGAAGGUCCAUCAAAGAAAACUCAUUGGAUUAGUGAAACUGGUAUUUUAGAUGUUUUCUAUUUAACUGGUCCAACUCCAUCAUCAAUCUUUAAACAAUAUGCCUAUUUAACUGGAACCACCCAAUUACCACAAAUGUUUUCUUUAGGUUAUCACCAAUGUAAAUGGAAUUAUAAAUCAGAAGAUCACGUUAAAGAAAUUGAUGCAGGAUUUGAUAAACAUCAAAUCCCAUAUGAUGUUAUUUGGUUAGAUAUCGAACAUACAGAUGGUAAAAGAUAUUUCACAUGGGAUAACAAUAAUUUCCCAACCCCAGAAGAAAUGUUAAAAGCCAUUGCAGUUAAAAAUAGAAAGAUGGUUAAUAUUGUAGAUCCACAUAUCAAGAGAGAUAACGGUUAUUAUAUUCAUUCAGAGGCUCAAUCUAAAGGUUACUAUAUUAAAAACAAGGAUGGUAAUGACUAUGAUGGUUGGUGUUGGCCAGGCAGCAGUAGUUAUUUAGAUUUCACCAAUCCAGAAAUUCGUGAUUGGUGGGCAAGCCAAUUCGCAUAUGAUAAAUAUAAAGGCUCAGCUCCAAAUCUUUACAUUUGGAAUGAUAUGAACGAACCAUCAGUUUUCAAUGGUCCAGAAGUUUCUAUGCAUAAAGAUGCUAAACAUUGGGGUGACUAUGAACAUAGAGAUCUCCACAAUCUUUAUGGUUUCUAUUAUCAUAUGGCCUCAGCUGAUGGUUUAAUAAAGAGAAAUCCAGAUCAAAACGACCGUCCAUUCGUUUUAUCCCGUGCUUUCUUUGCCGGUUCACAAAGAAUUGGUGCCAUUUGGACUGGUGACAAUGCUGCAGAAUGGAGCCAUCUCGAUAUUGCUAAUCCAAUGUUACUUUCACUCAAUAUUGCUGGUAUCACUUUUAGUGGUGCUGAUGUCGGUGGUUUCUUUGGUAACCCAGAUGCAGAACUUUUAGCUCGUUGGUACCAAGCUGGUGCUUUCCAACCAUUCUUUAGAGGUCAUGCCCAUUUAGACUCACGUCAUCGUGAACCAUGGUUAUUUGAUGAACCAUACUCAAGCGUUAUGAAGGAUGCCAUCAUUACACGUUACACCUAUCUCCCAUUAUGGUACACCACAUUCUUUGAAAAUACAAUUAAUGGUUCACCAGUUAUUAACCCAUUAUGGGUUCAAUAUCCAAAAGAACAAGAACUCUUUGAUAUUGACGACACCAUUAUUAUCAGUAACUCACUUUUAGUAAAACCAGUCACAAAACAAGGCGCCAAAUCAAUGAAAGUUAUCUUACCAGGUAAAAGUGUUAACGAGAUUUGGUAUGACGUCGAUACCGAGAAACCAAUUGAAGCUGGCACAUAUGAAAUAGAUACUCCUCUUGAAAAAAUCCCAGUAUAUCAACGUGGUGGUUCAAUUAUUCCAAAGAAAGAAAGAGUUCGUAGAAGUAGUGCUCAAAUGAAAGAUGAUCCAUUUACCAUUCGUAUUGCUUUAGAUAAAAAUCAAUUUGCUCAAGGUCAAUUAUACAUUGAUGAUGAACACUCUUUCGAUUAUAAAAAAGGAAAUUAUCUUUACAAACAAUUUACCUUCAAAGACAACACCCUUAUUUUCAAUACUCAUCCAGAAUCCAAACAAAAUGGUAAAUUCACAUCACCAUCAACUAUUGAAAAAAUUAUUAUCCUUGGCUACAAACAAAAACCAACUUCAAUCGUCUCUGAAGAUGGUAAACAAUUAUCUUUUGAUUAUGAUCAAUCAUUAUCUAAACUUACUAUUAGAAAACCAGAUUUUUCAGUAAACUCAAAUUUUAUUUUAAAAUUUAAUUAAAGAAUAAUAUAAUAUAAUAUAGCAAUAAUAUAAAAAUAAAUAAAUUUUUAUUUUUAAAAUAAUAAAAAAGAAAAAAGAAAGAAAAUAAAGAUUUGUAUUUUUUUAAAAUAUUUUUUAUUUAU